AUUCGGUAUUUACAUUUCAAAGUAUUGGAUUUCACAGGUAGAAAUAUUACGCAUUAUUAUUCUAAGGUUACAUACAGAAGUGAAGAAUUAUAUUUUGAAUACAGUAAAAGAUAACUAAAGGUGGUAUUGAAAAUGCCAGCUGCUACAUUGGCCAUGAUGUUUAUGGUAUCAAUCCAUAUUUGCCACGGAAAGAUCUCAAUGACAUAUGUUUUUCCAACUGAUUCAUGUGUCUCUGAUCCGUAUCUUGUUGACGAAGACACAAUGGUUAUUAUGAAGUUUGAGGGCGAUAUAGGCAGCCAGGAAUGUAGACAAAUGUCGUUCACAACUCCAAAAUCUGCAUUUUAUUUAUAUACAAUGUGUGUGAAAGAACUUUACUACUUUAGCCCAAAAUGUCAGAGUAAGGUUUGCUAUCACUGGUAUUGGUUUGACUAUGACUACGACGACAGAUAUGAUUAUAAUAGCAAAGAGAUAUAUGGAGUUGGCUGCUUAUAUGAUGCAAACAGAAUGUUCUCACGGUGUUUAUAUGAUGGUAGUCAUAUUUCAUUUGAGCUGAGAAAAUCAGAGAAAGUGGUUCCAAACAAUGUAAAUGACACUUUCAAGUUUCAAAUUGAAACAAUAUGGGAUUUCAAUUAUGAAAUGAUUGGAGGAAUAGCCGGUGUCAUUCUUGGGGUGAGUGUCCUCACAGCGGUUGGAAUCUGUGUGUGUAUCAAUUGCCGCCGCAGGAAACGAGUAACAGAAGGAUACUGCUGCACAUGUCCCACAUACGUACUCAGUUGCUCAAAGUCCAUAAAAGAAGGAAUAUCACAAGGUUUCUCAGCAGAAUUAGCUGGAGCUGGUAUAUUGUUGUGUUCCUGUGUAAUUUGUAGACGACAAAAUUGUAAACAACAGGAACAAGAGCAGUGCGAAAAAGUUACUAUGGACAUUGAUUGCCUUUCAACUGAUUCAGAGACCAAAUGGAAACCCGUCAAGGCAGAAACUGUUACGGGCUUUAAAGAUCAAGACACAGCGCCAUUAUGUGAAAUUUAAAACGGCAGAUAUUUGAGGAUAUAUAUAAAAACACAUGCUAAUUUAGAAAUCAAUAAUUAUAGCUCUGUAUUUUGUAUAUAUGUUAAAACAGUACAAAAAAAGUACAUUGCACCUUUAUAAAUGCUUGUUUACAUUUCAGAAAUUUUAAAUUUAAAUUGGUUUAAGAUUACUGCUUUGGUAAACAUGGGAAAGUGUUUUUUAUUGUUGAUAAGACUGUGAUUGAAUAAUCAUACGUAUACUUUGUAUUUUUAAAAGAAAAAUAGUGCUAUUUACCAGGGACUAACUUUAUUUUGAAUAUACAAUUUAAACGACAUGCCAUCUCUUUUUGCCUUAUUUACCGUCAAAGAGUAGAAUUGGAAUCUGGCUAAUUGUUACAAGUAUAUCACAUGAUAGUCAAUCAAUUCGAAAUUUUUCAAUGGGUUAAAUUACACUUGAUUUUUAAGUUUAACUUUAGCAACGAUGAUGUAGAUGCAACGCGCCUUGCGUACACAAUGUUAGUUCUAGUACAUAAAGAUGAGUUUAUUGGAUAGUCUUUUUAUCAUGUUCAUUUAGCAAUAUCCUACACUCU